CUCUAGGAAGCUGCUGCGGGUUACCCAGCGAGAAGCAGCUGCUGAGCCUUAGCCAGACCGCAGCUUCUGGGGCUGGGUCGCCGGCGAGAUGCCUCUGUUCACCGCCAACCCAUUCGAGCAAGACGUGGAAAAAGCCACCAGUGAGUACAACAGCACCGAAGAUUGGAGUCUCAUUAUGGACAUAUGUGACAAAGUGGGAAGCACGCCUAAUGGAGCAAAAGAUUGCCUAAAAGCCAUAAUGAAAAGGGUAAAUCAUAAGGUCCCUCAUGUUGCUCUGCAGGCGUUAACUCUUCUUGGGGCUUGUGUGGCAAACUGUGGAAAAAUAUUUCAUUUGGAAGUAUGCUCCCGUGAUUUUGCAACAGAAGUACGUGCUGUGAUAAAAAAUAAGGCUCAUCCUAAAGUGUGUGAAAAACUGAAAUAUUUAAUGGUGGAAUGGUCAGAAGAGUUUCAGAAGGACCCUCAGUUUAGUCUAAUAUCUGCAACUAUUAAAUCUAUGAAAGAAGAAGGAAUUACUUUUCCUCCAGCAGGUUCUCAGACUGUCUCAGCUGCUGCCAAGAAUGGUACGUCAUCGAACAAAAACAAAGAAGAUGAAGACAUAGCUAAAGCUAUUGAAUUAUCGUUACAAGAGCAGAAACAGCAAUACACAGAGACAAAAUCUUUAUAUCCAAGUGCAGAAAUCCAGUUAAAUAAUAAAGUUGCACGGAAAGUGAGAGCUUUGUAUGAUUUUGAAGCUGUUGAGGACAAUGAACUCACCUUUAAACAUGGUGAAAUCAUUAUUGUUUUGGAUGACAGGUAUGUUUUAAGUCUUUACUUGUGA